AUGCGUGUACCGCGCCAAAACACCUGCCCAGCAGCCAUAGAAUUCCCUGUAGCUACGAAUAUGGGCAGCCGCAUCAAUUCAGAUUUUGCAAAUAACUACUUUCGCAGCGAGAUCUGCCGACGGCUGCUGGCCAUGUCUUCCAGUGAUCGAUAUGUCACCAGCUUUUCCCAGGGGCUUUGA